UAAGUAAUAGGUAAUUAAAAAGUAUAGAUAGAAGGAGUUCCAGAAAACAAACAUGAACUCUUAAUUCAUUUCUUGAGUCUGAGUCUUUAAAAAUCACAAAUAAAUCAAAUUAGUUAUACAGUAUAUCAAUCACUGGGUAAUAACACCUAAGUCGACUCUGGAAGUGUCUUAGCGAGUGAUAUAUGAUAUAUACACCGAGAUGUGUACCCAACGUCUCGAUGUAUACACACAAUGAGAAUUUAUUUUUGUCCUGGAUAACGUUUAAAUUAAAGUGUACUAGCCAUGGUUGGUCAGUAAGCUAUUGUAAUAGCCUUAAAAACCCUCCAGAGGUUGAUAGGCCUCAAGCCCAACAGCAUUAACUAAAAGACUUUUGUGUUUUUCCACUAAUUAACGGUGUGUGCGCAGACGGACGGUAUGCCCUGAUGUUUAUAUUGGCAACGUUGACGACUGGCAAGGCCGAGGUGUGGUCGUGGAGCCCCGACAGCGCUGCAGCUCGUUGGGAAGGUGAUAGGGGCUUCAGAAAUACUGAGGCCUGGCGCCCCGGGCUCUCCAACACGGCCGAGGAGUCUGAGAGUCGAGACAUGGACGCCGGGAUUCUGGAACUCUGUGGACUCGGUGUCGGUGUCAAAUGCCUGUCAAGGUCUGCGGAGGCCGCUCCACCCAGUGAAAGACCCUUCUUGGUCCGUCCUCGCCUCCCUCCUUCCGUCACACAUACUUGGGCACCCUCAGUCUCGCCCAGUGUGUCUCGCCCAGAACAGGCCAGCCCACCUCGUACAGCACCCACUACCGUAGAACGACGCGAACAGACCUACACCCACGUACACCACAACCCAGGGAUCACGGAAGCCAGUCCGACACAAGGGAAUGUACUACACAAUUACCCCGAGGACUGUUGGUGUGUGGCUGCCUCAUACUGCACUACCCAAGACCUCGUAGCUCCUAACGAUCCCAUCAUCUCUCGUUCGGCAAAAGCUCUAUCAAAUUCCUCGGACAACGUAACUCUCUUAAAAUUAGCUAUCAAACAAAUGAAUGACGACCUCAUUACAAGUGUUGGUGACGGGCAGGUGAAGAGCGGCGUAUCCCAAUACGUCGCUCGCAACAGCAACAAUCAAGAGCGUCAUGCAGUGUGGCACCUGCCUGGGAGUGGCGGGUGUGUGGAGGGCGACGUCUGCUGUCGCCGCCGUCCUGCUCCGCCUCUACACGAGCUCAUCUGCGGCCUGCAACACACCCAGGGCCUGCUGGGCCGAGUGAAGGACCUACACAAAGGCAAAGGUGACGCAGAGUUCGGCAAGUACCCGUGGCAGGCAGCCGUCUUGAAGGUGGUGGACGCAGGAGACGUCGUGUAUGUGUGUGGCGGCGCGCUCCUCGACCACCAGCACGUCCUGACUGCUGCUCACUGCGUCAACAGUCUUCAGGUGUCACAGUUGAGGGUUCGUCUUGGGGAGUGGGACGUGAAGACAGAGACAGAGUUCUACAGUCAUCUGGAGCUGCCAGUCGCCACCGUCCAAAGUCACCCACAGUACAACGCCGGGAACCUUCAUAACGACAUCGCUCUCAUCACUCUCAAAACUACUGUUGACUUCUCAUCUAACCCGCACAUCUCGCCCGUGUGUCUGCCAGACGCCUACAGCAGCUUCGUGGGUCAGCGCUGCUACUCUACCGGCUGGGGGAAGGACGCCUUCGGUACGGAUGGGAAGUACCAGAGUGUGCUGCAGGAGGUGGAGUUGCCUGUUGUGGCUCACUCGAAGUGCCAGGAGGCCCUCAGACACACUCGUCUGGGAGCUAGCUUCACCCUCCACUCUGGUAUGGUCUGUGCUGGAGGCGAGAAAGGGAAGGACGCCUGCUUGGGUGACGGGGGCGGCCCCCUGGUGUGUCUAGGUCCUGAAGGAAGGUCCCACCUGGCUGGUCUAGUGUCGUGGGGCGUGGGCUGCGGCCUGCCAGGUCUCCCCGGGGUCUACGUCGACGUGACCUAUUACCUCGACUGGAUCCUUGUAACAUCUGGUCUCUUGUGAAGUAACUGAUCAUCGCCGAGUCUUCAUCUGCUGUGUUAAGGUUUACAAAAUUACAAUAAAUAAAAAAAAAACCGUUAAAUUAAUCAAUGAAUAAAUGAGUAUUUAUUUUCAUGAAUGGGUAAUUUAAUAAUUAAAACAAAACAAAGCAAGUAUAUGGCAAUAUGAAAUAUAAGCAAUUACAUGCGUACACACAUGGAGCUUCGUGGGUCGUAGUCCUAAGGGCCCGGGUUCAAUUCCCGGCCGAGGCAGACACAAAUGGGCAGAGUUUCUUUCACCUGAUGCCCUUGUUCACCUAGCAGCA